AUAAUAUUGCUAAUACAAAUUUGCCGGCGCGACGACAUCUGAGCCGGCAUUUUGGUUGAAGUUCCUUAUUGUAUAUGAAACAUUUUCGAUUGAAUAGUAAUUCUGUGUGAAGUGUGCGACUGUUUGUCCAAGAAAGAAACCCGCAAAUCUGGAUGCAUGCAAUGAGAUGAUUGCCGUCGCAGAGCCGCCCCAGGAGUUCAUUCCUCGCGGUCGUCAGGCGGCAGAGGAUCAUCCAGGACCCACCGAACCGCCAUUGCCCAAAUAUUUGCCUGCUGAGCAUUUGCUACUGCAGCGAUUACAAAAUGUUAAUAUCUCAGCCGCCGCCGAAGAGCCGCAAGAGUUCUGGUGCAUUCGCGAAAUCUAUGAUGACUACGAGACCAGCUAUGAGCGCGCACAGCGUCGUCAGCAACUAAUCGAGCAAACGAAGAAGUGUGGGCCCAAUGCGGCGGCGGCCACGCAAUUGACAUCGCUGCCACAGCAGCUGCUGGAGCCCAUCAAGCUCCGUCGCGAAGACCCCAUGUGCGACUACAUUGUGAACAACGAGGAGGAGCUGUAUGUGAACAAGAAUACGGUUAUAUGGACGCAGGGCCUGAACGAUGAUGACGAUGGGGUGCAGUGUCGCAUGUGCUUCACCUGUGACACACCAGUGAAGUUCGCCUGCUUCCUGAAUCGUAGCUUCGUGCGCGGUCGCCUGGCGCAGUUGCGCGCCGCCGUCCAGCCGGAGGACAAGCUGACAGCCAUUUGUGUGAUGGACCAGGAUGCGUUGCGCGUCUACUGCAAUGAUGGUGAUGACUUUCUGGCCAAUCUCGACUUUCCCGUCUCGCAUGUGUGGCAAACGACUCACGGCCUGCUGCUGGAAAAGGACUCGAGCAAUGCGCUCGUCUCCCAUUUGUCCAUACCAAUGCCACGUCUCUUCUCUAUGUCGCAUCCCCUGCACGAAGCCUGCCCGGUGGUGCACAAGACGGCGACCAACUCAACGGGCUACAUAACCGAACCCGAAUACAGCAUUGUCUUCACGGCCGAGGAGUCCGAUCUGGUGCUGCUGUACGAUGCAAAGUUCUUCAAGCAUUUUGUUGCCCGGCUGCGCAAGGUGACCGCCGAGGAGGUGAACCAUGUGAGCCAACAACAGCAGGAGCUGCUCAGCCAGACAUUGCAGGGCAAUCGAACCACCCCGGGCACCAGCACCUUGCACAGCUUCAGCUCCACCAAACUGACGGGUGCCACUUCAAAGGUGAACACCACCUCGUUCCUGGGACGCAACAAUCCAGCUACGCCGACUCUUAAUUUCUCGAAAUACGGCCUCAGUCAGUCGCAAUCGUUUAGCGGCGUCCUGGGUCAAUCGAAUCGAGCCUCGAUGGGCGCACCGCUCAGCCAGCUGCAGAACAGCAUUAGCCAGCAGUCGGUGUCCGUUAAGGAUAUGCGCAAGAUAACACACGUGAAGCCGGCCAAGCCCAUUGAGCCGGAGAUGUGUUUGGAGCACAUCUGGACAGAGAAUACCUAUGGCACGCAACGCGAGUUCUGUGAGAUGGCCACGCGUGCCUUCAUCCACACGGAUUUGGUGGGCCAGACGUAUCUGUGCUAUUUGCUCGCCCGCAGCUGCCGACUGCAAAUGGUGUUGAUCAAUGGCUACGACACCAGCGAUUUGCAGCUGUCCACGUUGGCCUCGACGCUGCCGGCCAAGGAUGCAGUCGGCCUGCAGCGCAUGCAUAUGAUAGCCGUACUCGAUCCUGGCGGCAAUCUCAUACUGUACACGGGCACUGUGCUCAUCUCCAAGGUGCACAUAACGCCCCAGCUGACCACAGCGCCACAGACUACUUACAUUGCCACGCCCACGCCGGCAACAACGCCCACUCCGCAGACACCGGUGCAAGGGCCGACGGCGUCGGCCCAGCUCAAGGUUGCCAACAGCUCCUUUGUGGAGGUGCGUCGCAGCAGUCUGUUGCCCACCAAGGCGGCAGCCGACCUGAGCGCCUUCGAUGAGGAGCUGGAGCUGCACAUGCUCUCGCCCAUACAACCGCAGCCCAUGUCCUAUACACAACGCCAGGCGCACAACGUAUGCAAGGGAUUGCGUGAUCCCGCCGGCAAUCGCUUGACCUUGGUCUAUGCCACCGGGCGGAUGCUGCGCAUUGCUCUGCCGCUGCUCAACGACACACGCCUCAUCACACGCUGUGUGGCCGCACUGCGCCAAGUGCUGAAUCCCACACAGUUUCUGCACUUCAUCAUACGCUGGUACAGUGCACGCAAUCCGCCCGGCUCGCAGGACUACAGCAUCGAGCAGGAGUGGCAACUGUUUCGCAGCACCCUGCUCGGCCUGAUGGGCUGCAUGGGCACGGCGACGGCGACGGCGGCAACAGCGAUGUCAGCGGACGAGACGACCGAUGUGGAUGAGUCCUAUGAGUCGCGCUGUGCCACGCCUCCACUACAUACGUUCACGGGCGCUGCCCAGGAUGAGCCAAAGAAGCGCCGCAAGUACAACGAUUGCGAAUCCUACACCGACGAUGAUUGGGAGUUCAUGCUGCUCCAGACUGCAUUGUCUCCCUGCCCCUCGGAUCCGGCGCACGCCUACAGUGUGGACGUGACGGCUCCAUUGUUUCGCAUGCUGCCUGCCAUAUUCUAUGGCAUGCACAUGCUCUACGAGGAUCUCAAACUGGACUCGGUCUUUCAGAGUGCGCUCAUCUACCUGGCAUCGUUUCUGCAUCAGCUGGCAAUCGACAUGCAACUGGACAGCUAUAUAAUGCACUAUCACCUCGACUUUCCGGAGCUGACGCACAAGACAACCAAGCUGACCAUGAUGAGCACUGAGCAUGGCGCCCUGAUGCUCUACCAGGAGCUGCUGCGCAUGCCGGCGCCCAGCGUCUAUGUGCAGCUGGAGCAUGUGCUGCUCAACCGGCAGGAGGUGCCGCCGCUCAGCUACAUGGAGUGCAUCAACGAGCGCAGCCGGAAUAUGGUGCAGCUCGUCUCGCUGGUAAUGCAUGGCCAGAGCAAGCUCAAGCACUGGUGGCAGCUGCUCGAGAUCUUCGGCGCGGUCCAGUCGAACUUUGGCAAGCGCCCCAAGCGCAGCAUCUCGGCGGAUGUGCCGCGCUGCCACCAGGUGCUGGAGCUGUUGCUGUGCAUGCAGAUGACCCGGCGCGAUAUUGAGCGUCUGCCCGCUGCGGUGCAUUUGGUGAUUGCCGAGGCGCUGGAGCAGGCGCGUGUCACGCCGCCCAUGGGCAGCAGCAUGGCCACCUAUGAUCUGAUACUGCGUCCGGAGCUGGCUGCCCAUGCCCAAUUGCCGUUUCUCGAGACGACGCUGGGCCAGCCGCAUUGUGGACGUGUCUACAAGGAGGAUUCGCUGUCGCCACGCCUUGCGCCGAGCAGCGGUGAGUGGCCGAUGCCGGAGCCAGAGUCCGAGCAGCUGCGUCACGAUGGCAUGGACAAUAUGGAUACGAAACUGUUGCGCUUGCGCUUUCCCGACGACAUGCGCGUCGAGGAGGUGCGUCGCCUGCUCAACAGCGCCGAUCCUGUUGCGAUCGAGGUGCAACAAUCGCCGGGCACCAGCGAUCACGAGUUCAUCGAGGAGCAGGAGAAACAAUUGUUCGCUUUGUGUGCGCGCACCAUGACCCUGCCUUUGGGCCGUGGCAUGUUCACCCUACGCACCCUGAUGCCCCGGCCCAGCGACAAUAUGCCCAUGCCCAAGCUGUGCCUGGUGGGCCGGGAGCCCGUGAAGGGCACCACCAUUGAGAUGCAGCAGAUUGAGUUUCCGGCAAAUAUGCAUAUGUGGCCAUCGUUUCACAAUGGCGUCGCCACCGGGCUGAAGAUCUCGCCACAAGCGCUGGAUAUCGACUCCACAUGGAUUGUCUACAACAAGCCAAAGGCGCAGGCGAACAAUGCUCUGGAGCAUGCGGGAUUUCUGAUGGCACUCGGCCUCAAUGGACACCUCAAGUCGCUGUCCUUCAUGAGCGUCUACAAGUAUUUGGUCAAAUGCGAUGAGAUGACCAGCGUGGGGCUGCUGCUAGGCAUAUCGGCUGCACAUCGCGGCAGCAUGGAUACGAAAACAACCAAAUUGCUGAGCGUCCAUCUGGAGGCGCUGCUACCGGCGACAGCCAUGGAGCUGGACAUACCGCAGAGCACCCAAGUGGCUGCCCUGAUGGGCAUUGGCCUGCUGUAUCAGGGAUCGGCUAAGCGGCAUAUAGCCGAGGUGCUGCUGCAGGAGAUCGGACGUCCGCCUGGCCCUGAGAUGGAGAAUAGUGUGGAGCGUGAAUCGUAUGCCAUGACCGCUGGCCUGGCACUCGGCCUAGUCACCCUGGGUCAGGGUGAAUCCCCGGCUGGAUUGCGAGAUCUGCAGCUGCCGGAUACACUGCAUUAUUAUAUGGUUGGUGGGGUUAAGCGACCCAUUAGCGGCUCCCAGAAGGAGAAGUAUCGCCUGGCCUCAUUCCAGGUGCGCGAAGGCGACUGCGUCAACAUCGAUGUCACCGCACCGGGCGCCACCUUAGCACUGGGUCUGAUGUUCUUCGAUUCGGGCAACACAGCAAUUGCCGAAUGGAUGCAGCCACCCGAUUCACGCUAUCUGCUGGAUAUGGUGCGACCUGAUUUCCUUCUAUUGCGCACCAUUGCCCGGGGCCUGAUCCUCUGGCAGCAGGUGCGCCCGGACAACGAUUGGUUCCAGGCCCAAUUCCCGCAAGCCCUACGCGCACAUCUGCGUCUGCCCACGCGCGAAGACGAGCCGCCCGAGGACAGCGAUGUGGACUACGAGGCCAUUACGCAAGCCUACUGCAAUAUCUUGGCUGGCGCCGCCUUCUGCAUUGGCCUGAAGUAUGCGGGCACUGAGAAUCCGGUGGCAUUCACCACUUUGCGCACCGUUAUCAAGGAAUUCCUCAGCUUUCCGGGCACCCCGAUGGGCGAGUGUGCCGGCCGUACCACCAUCGAGAGCUGUUUGAUGGUGCUGCUCAUAUCCAUUUCGCUGGUCUUUGCCGGGUCCGGCAAUUGUGAAAUCUUGCGCAUAAUCCGCUAUUUGAGAUCACGAGUGGGUCCCCAAUAUCCGCAUAUUACGUAUGGCUCCCACAUGGCCAUACACAUGUCGCUGGGUCUGCUGUUUUUGGGCGCUGGCCGCUUCACCAUAGCCAAGACGCCAGAGUCCAUAGCCUCUCUGGUCUGUGCCUUCUUCCCCAAGUUUCCCAUACACAGCAACGACAAUCGCUAUCAUCUGCAGGCGCUGCGUCAUCUCUACGUGUUGUCCGUGGAGCCACGUCUCUUCCUGCCACGUGACAUCGACACACAUCAGCUAUGCCUGUGCAACAUUUCGGUGCUGGAGGUGGGCUCCACGGAGCUGCGCCGCCUGCCCAUUGCCCCUUGCAUACUGCCCGAGCUGAGCACGCUGCAACAGGUCAUCGUCGAUGAUGAGAACUAUUGGCCCAUUUGCUUUGAGCGCUCGCGCAAUUGGCAUCAGCUGGAAAAGGCAUUGGAGCUGUGUGCUCCGAUUGACAUUAAGAAACGAACUGGACGUCUCUCGCAUCUGGAGGAUCCGGAUCGUUUGAAGAGCAUGCUAGCACAGACCCUGACCAUGGAGCAGAGCAUCUGCUGGCAGGUGGAUGUGAAUGAUUUGCAGCAGUUUGCCAGCGAGAGGCUGGUCAAGCCCUUUCUCAGUCGCUUUCUGGACACGAAGGGUACGAGUCUCAGCUAUGCUGAGCAGAGCAAACGGCAUCAAUUGAUGCUUUUGUUCUACAAUGCCGUGGUCAAGGAUCGAAUGCAUCUGCUGCCCGUUUAUCUAACGCUCUACGAUCACGUCACCAAGCAGAUGGCCAACAACAACGAUGUUUGGCAGGUGAAGCUAAUCGAAGCCUAUAUGGGCAAAAGUCCCAAUGAUGAGCAUUCGCUAAUCUCUGUGGAACUGAUUCAAAUGAUGCAAGAGAUUUCAAAGCUGAGUCUGGAGCAGGCGGCACGUGAAUUUUGUAUACCAUUGCGUGAAUUUCUGACACAGAAGCGUCUCGAGCCCAGCUACGUGGCCAGUAUCUGUGCCCAGGAUCUGCAGCGUGUCUUUUGUGUCAUCAAUUACUUCAACUUGAUGCCGAAUAUGCUAUCUAGCAUUGACCUGAGCAACGGCCCGGUUAAUUAUCUGCGCAUCAUGGUCGAGUUCAACAAGUUGCAGUUAAGUCCACACACCAUAUACGGUGUGCUUAAGAUAUUCCAAGCGCUGGCUAAUGAAGGUGCUGAGCAACAGCAGGAGCCGACUUUCCAAGAAUUCAAAUAAGUACACGAUUAAUUUGACUAUCGCUCGAAGGCUUACAAACGUUAUCGAAAUCGUUGACAUUCUUAACUUGAGCCUCAACAUCGAGAUACAACACUGUCAGUUGCGUUUUGCAACACUUCAUAUACUUAAAUGCCUUUAACACUGAGAUUCGCUGUUCAAAUUAUUACAAAUAAGAGAUGUAAUUUAUGUUAAACAACGUUGAAGAAACAAA